GGGUGAGUAAUUAACAACAGCAUUUUCAUUUUUAGGUGAACUAUCCCUUUAAGGUUUGAGCAUGUCAGCUAUCCUAACAUGGGCCUCCCGUUUGUCAGACCUUUGUGAAGUAAAGCAUCUUUUCAAUGGCAUUAUCUGCCGCUCAAAUGGGUCCAUGCCUCUACCUCUGCAAACUGACAAUGUGACUUUCCUUCCCAGGAGUUUCUUGACUGCCUUGCCUACUUUAUAAAGUCAUGGGCCUUUUGAACACUAUUGAAAGUGUAAAUGAAUUCCUGAGUGCAGAGGGAGUGACAUUGAAGGGGCAUUGAAUUUUCUCACUGUUUUCCACCUAUGUGAGCUGGGAGAGUCUGUUGAGGAAGGCAAGCUUGUUUAACAGCAUUUGAGGCCAUAAUAAAGCUGUUGGUUGGGGCAUUGGUUUGGCAGUGGCAGCCCAAGGGCUGCCUGCUGUUCUUGGACUUCUGUUCUUGGAGUUUCAGACCUCUACUGCCUUGCAAACAGACCUAUACAUUCAUAUUUUCCACCUUGUUUCACAGCUGCACUUACUUACCCAGCUCACUGUUGACCACCUCAAAAAGAUGUUCAUUCUUUGUAGUCUUCAAGAAGCCAUGAACUUUUUCUCUGGGAAGCAGAAGCUGAACAGUUGGAUCCUUAGUGUGCUAAUAACAUUAUUCAGUUCCUUGAGAACUAUACAACAAAACUAAACAUAUCAAUAAUACCAACCUGUCAGUCUAGGCUUUGAUUGGCUUGACCAGUUACGUGCUGUUUUCUAAUGGAGUCUAUGGCCUUCAUCAUCUGUAAAAUAGUGUUUCUGUCAUGGGAUUUGACAAUAGUCUUUAAUCGUUCCACACAAGCCAGGUGGGGUUAAAACAUUUGUCUUACGAAACAAAAAGAUCUCCACACUUCAUCUGUCAUGCACUGAAUUCUGGUCCCAGUGAUGCUUUUAUGGCCAAACUCUCUGCAGCCUACAGUGAUUCUACCUUCCUUUUUUUUUUUCUUCUGACAUUUUCUUCUUAUUAUCACAGAAGUGUUUCAUUUGCACUCUGUAUGCUUUGCAAAUAAUUGUUUGUUUGCUAUGCUGAGCCAGUGCUAAAUCAAAAGUAAAUGCUUUCAUGCUGGUGGAUUGAGGCCAGUGCCCUUGCACACUAUAGAGCAGGAGUAAAGUCUUUGCACUCUAUUUGGCCUUUCCAUGUGGUUUAGCAUCGUUAUAAGUCAUGAUUUCAUUCCCAAAGAAGAACACUCCUGGGCAGACAUACAAGGGUGUUUUUAAAAACUGAAGGAAAUGAGGGGCCCUGAGGAGAAUUAAGCUUCUAGAUGCAUUGAUCAGUACAGGGUUUCAAGUGUGAUCUGGAUUUAAUGACUUGCUUUCUGAAGACCUGACUCAUAAUUCCACAUAUUUGGACAUUUAUAUUAGAACAAGGCGUUGCUGAUGUGCAAGAUUUCACUUUUUGGCUUUUUAAGCCACUGCUGUUCAUUGGUACUAAUGCAAACAACUUGCCAAGGCAAUGCUUUUUCCCCCCUGCAUGCCUUCUGAGUGACAGUGUAGUGUAUUAUCUUUGAUAUUUAAGUGCUGACCACAGAACAUUUCACUUUAACUUUGUCCUGACCAAAUCCAGCAGAAAAUCUGAGGGAGACUGGAUACAGUCGCCAUAAGAUUAGCUGUCAGAUGCCAGCCAGGUUUGCCUUUAACCCACCCGACGGGUUUGAAGGCACAUUAAAUAAAACAACACAUCUCAUCUUUCUCUCUUGCUCUUGUUCUGGUUUUUGCACAUUCACCUCCUCUGCUGAUCGUACAGCAAGAGAAAAAGCAUGAGAGGGGUUUCUGUCACUAAUGGAAACUUUUCAAACUCUUAAAUGAGUAAGAGUAGCUGUCAGUAUCAGAGGCAGCCGGUCUUGAAGAAAAGCCAAUGGAGACAAAAAAGUAAAUAUCAUUACUUAUAAAAAAAAAAAAAAUUUUACAAAGCGGCUGAAAUUGAUAUGCUCAUUUGGAUUCACUUUCACCCAUGACUAACUCCAAACACACAAGACAUUCAAUCUCACAUGGAGAUGGAGAUUAUGUAUUGCGCCAUUUCAUUUAGUAAUGAACAACAUUAGGAUCUGAAAGGUCUGUACGGCAUUGUAUACAGCCGGAGUAUCAACUCUGCCACGCACAUAAUAUAAGAUGCAUUGGUCUUGCCAUUCAUUGCUCUUUGCCUCAAGUUAAUAACUUAGCUUAAAGGCAAUGAAUGGAAAGAACGGGGAACGAUAUGCAAGUGGCUUAUCUGAAAAUGGAUCACCUCCAGGAUGAUGAAGCGCUUCAGUGUAGGGAAAGCCUGAGUAGUGCUUAUUAAGUGUUGCAGAUAGAGUUAGUAACGGACGGGAAGAUGCGACUGUCACGCUAACAGAUGGGUCCUUUGGCAACUUUGCAAAAAUGUUAAAGUCAGAGAAAGACUGCAGUUUUAUUGUCCCCCUGGCAGCCAUUUGUUCACUAAGUAAAUGAAAGCGUUAAAUUGCUCAAUACUGUGCUUGCUGUAGUUUUGCUUGCACUAAUGUGGUGGAAGUCAGUUUUCUUUAAUGAUUAAAUGUGUAUAUAAAUGUGUCUUUUUAAAAUGAUUAAUUGUGCUUAAUUAAUGUUUUGCAGUAAAAAUUCCCAGUAAUUGCAAUAUAUUUAAAAAAUCGAAUCCAAAAAUUUCAUUAUUUGCUUUGUGUCAAUUUUCCUUUUUGUUUCUCAAUGCAAAGCACUUCCAAUCUGCAUCUCUGCCUUCACAAGGCUCUCAACUUGGUGCGUCCAGACAGGUGGUCCCUAUCUAUUGGUAUGAAUCAUCGGGUUGGGUUUGAUCAGCAGCAGACUGAGGACGACGCUCAGCCGAAUCCAGGAGAGCCUAAUAGACGUGGAGGCUGGAGGGGAGAAUGCAGGUCCUCACGCAUCUCCUGAGGAAAGGAAGGAGAAGGUCCCCAGUCCUCAUCUCAGUCAGCUGGUGGUCCUGACGGCUAGUGAUACGCUUUAUGGCUUGGCUGAGAGAGUCGUCGCCACUGAAUCACUAGUUUUUCUGGCAGAGCAGUUUGAGUUCCUUCACCUUCAUCUCGACACCAUGAUGCCUUCAGCCAAGAAGCCCUUUCUUCAGCAGUUCUACUCACAGACUGUAUCUACAGCCAGCGAGCUCCGCAAACCCAUUUACUGGAUUGUGGCGGCCAAAGCCAUAGAUUACGAACAGAUGCUGUUACUGAUGGCGGGAGUGAAAUGGGACAUUAAAGAGAUAAUGUCACAGCACAACAUCUAUGUGGAUGUCCUUUUAAAGGAGUUUGAGAAGUUUAACCAGAGACUGGGAGAUGUGUCGAAAAUAGUUCGGAUUCCUCUGCCUGUGUCCAAUGUCUUAUGGGAGCACUGCAUCCGUCUGGCCAACAGGACAUUAGUGGAGGGCUAUGCAAAUGUGAAGAAAUGCAGUAAUGAAGGACGUGCGUUGAUGCAGCUGGACUUCCAGCAGUUCCUGAUGAAGCUGGAGAAGCUCACCGACCUCAGACCAAUUCCAGACAAGGAGUUCGUAGAGACCUACAUCAAGGCAUACUACCUUACUGAGAAUGACAUGGAGCAGUUCAUCAAGAACCACAGGGAGUACUCUAUGAAGCAGCUGACUAACCUGGUCAACGUCUGCCUCGGGUCCCACAUCAACAAGAAAGCACGACAGAAACUCCUCGCAGCUAUCGAUGACAUUGACCGGCCGAAAAGAUAAAUAAAUGUCACCAAACUCCACAGAAAAAACACCCACACCUUCAGUGUAACUUGUCCGGUACCUAUUAUCAUGCACAGCCUGCAUUUUUUUAACCAUGUAAACAUUUGUGGUUUCUGUUUACAUUUUAUUACGAAUGUAAGCAGGACGUGCUCUGACUACCUAUGAAGCAGUCAUUUGAAGGGCUGUAAAGGAUAAUGGAUAAUGAAGGUGUUAAUAGUAUCACUUGAAUCACAACACAAAUGAAUGACUCAUGCACUAUCAAACAGUAAUUUAAACAUAGCUGUGGCUAAGCAACCAUGUUCUUCUGCCAUAUUUCCCUUUUUGAGGUAUUUGUGCUGGAUCUGCAUUUUUAAAAUGAUACCAAGAUUCCCUCUAACACACUGAGACUGCGUCUCUGACAUUUUACACAAAAAGCAUGUGCGUUCCUUCCUAGCUGUGCAUCACUGGUCUCACCCUGUUACAGAUUCCAGAGACUAUUGUAGUGUUGUUGUCAUUUGUCAUGAAACACAUUUGUGCAGGAAUGUGAUUACUUAUAUGUUAAUAGUAAUAAUAGAGGAAGACUCUAAAAAAGACCUGAAACCUUCCUGUUAGAAAGUGAUAAAACUAUUUAUUUCAGAUACCGUACAUCUGAAAUGUAGAUACACUGUAUUUCUCCCGCUGAAAUGUGUUGCUUUGUUUGUGGUUACUAAAUUUGUAUAAUACUAUUCAGCUGGACCAAGUCGAAGGCAAGGUCGUACAAUAAAUACGCUACCAUUUUA